CUCUGCCCAAAUUCCCCCCUACUUUCUCCAAACGACCACACUCACGAUGCCGUUUGACUCUGCCGACGCGCUAAUGCAACCGUCGAUGACGACGAGAGUCCAGCACAGCCUGGGCCACCCUCCGCCGCAGCAGACCGAGCCGCUUCACUGCCCCCGCUGCGAUUCUGACAACACCAAGUUCUGCUACUACAACAAUUACAACCUCGCCCAGCCACGCCACUUCUGCAAGUCCUGCCGCCGAUACUGGACCCACGGCGGAACCCUCCGCAAUGUCCCCGUCGGCGGCGGGUCUCGCAAGAACACCAAGCGUUCUCGCCCAUCCUGCUCUUCCUCCUCGGGCUCGCCCUCCUCCUCUUCACUGACCCAGGAGGUCAGCUCCGUCGCGCCCGAUAAACCCAAUUCCUUUCCGGUGGAACCGAAGCCUGAGACGGCGACGGAUCACGAAAAACUGAUGGACCUGAACGAGAGCGCUGUUGGGAACGGUGGCUUCACUUCUCUGUUGAGUGCUCAGGGCCCACCUGCAUCUGGCUUCAUGGCGUUUAGCGGGUUCGGGUACGGGUUGGGGCUCGGGCAAGGGUUUGACGAAGUGGGUACUUUCGGCUACGACGGCGGCAGAGGAGUGCUCGCUUAUCCCGAUGUCGGUGAUUUUACAAAUGUUAUCCACAACAAUGGAGCUGUUUCUGGGGGUUCUGUCGGGUGCAACACGUGGCAGAUUAUGACUGGUGGUGAUGGUGGGAUAGCAGAGAACAAUGGUGAUUGCUUUGCCUGGCCGGAGCUGGAGACUUCCAAGUAACAAAAGCUACUCUUCUGACCCAUUAUUCGGAAGAAAAAGAAAAAGGUUUAAUUUUCCUUUUCUGGGUUAUGGGUUUUGGUUCUAGUUUCUGAUCAUGUCCUUUUGUUAUCUGGGUCGGGUUUCGGUGGUGGGUUAUGGUAUAGAUAUAUCGCUAUAGGUUACAAAAGUUAGUUGCUUUUGCUGGCUUCUCUGUUGUCUGGUUUAGGGUUUAGUUUUUCUUGGGUCCUGUAAAUGCUCCGUCUUUUGGACACAAAACGCUGCAAGAAAAUGGACAAAGACGACUGCUUUUUGGGUUAAAAUGCAUUUACCUUCCAUUUAA